AUGAGUUCAAAUGAGUUAAUUGAUCGAAAAUAUUAUAGUUUAUAUAUUGGAAAUUUAUCUGCUGAUAUACGUCGAAAAGAAUUAUGUCAAUAUCUUGAACAUUUUGGUCAAGUUGAUGAAUGUCAAUUAUUCGAAGCAAAUCAUCGACGUUGGACUUGUUUUGCUUUUAUAUUAAUGCGUACACCAGAUUCAAUAAAUCAAUUAAUGUCAACUCGACCACAUUUUCUUGAUAAUCGACGAUUAUAUAUAAAACGAGCAUUACCUGAUCAAUGUUCAAAUAAAAUUGAACAUUUUUUAACAAGUGAAAAUGUUUUAAUUCAAUUUAAAAAUUCAGAAAAUCAAGAAAUAAAUGAACCUGAUUUUAAUGAAGAAAAUAUUCGAAAUUAUUUUCAAACAUAUGGAAAUAUACUUAAUUUAUAUUUAUUAAAAAAUAAUCGAUGUGUUAUUGAAUAUAGCGAUUACGAUUCAGUCGAUUGUAUAAUUCUUGAUUCACCUCAUUAUUUUAAUUCUCAUGAACUUCAUAUUGAUAAAUAUUAUUCAACAGAACAAUUAAAACAACUCGAUAGAAUGUUUAUACAUAAUCAUGAAUUACCAUUACCAGGUGCUGGUGAAGAUGAUGAACAUGUUGGACAAUUUUUACAUUCACGUCGUUAUCUUAAUAUGCGUAUACGUUUAUUAAAUGAUUCAAUAUUAUCAGUAAAAAUUUCCAAUGAAAUUAAAUUAGAAACAAUUCAUAGAGGUUUUUUAUUAACAAUUAAUCGAAGAAAAGAAUUACUUGAACAAAUAAAAGAAUUAAAUAAACAAUGUCAAAUAUUACAUGAAAAAAAUCAAACAAUUAAAGAAAAUAAUCAAAAUAGAUUUCAAUUUAAUAAUAAACUUGAAAAAAUUUAUCAACAACAAAUUCAUGAUGAACAAAAUAAACAAAAUGAAUGGAGAGAAAAAAUUGAAUUACUUCAAGAACAAUCUUAA